AUGGCCGAUUCCACGACUCGUUCCCUUCCUCAACACUCCAUUGAAGAAGAAGAAGAUUCUUCUUCCAAAAUUGUUUCCAAACCCACUGAUAAUAUCCCAAUUGAAAUCAUCCCAGAUGAAGAGAUGUUUCUCAUCGAAGCUGCCUUUGCCUCCGCAACUCGGACAUUUCUGCCUCCCCUGACUCAGUUGCAGAAAAACAAGGGCGGAAGGUCUAUCACCUCCAUUUCUGUAUUGUCCAAGAAGAGAUUUUCGGGUGUUUCCGGAUGUGGGUCUAUCCCAGUGGGUGAUAUAGAAGACUCAGCUCGUGAUGGGAUUGGUCAGAAGAAGAAGAAGAAGAUUAAAUCGAAUGAAACGCUGUUGUAUCAGUUCCGAAGGAAGCGAGGCUUGGCUGUUACUGAUCUUACUGCCACGGAAUGGUGUGAGAAACAAAUGGAGUUCAUUCUAUUCCGUGGCAAAGCAAAACCCACUAAAGCUAUGAAAGUAGGUGCUGCUAGGCACGCAGAACUUGAAGAAGAGGUAGUCAAAAAGGUGCCCAUCCAAGUUACAUCCGCUGAGGACAAAUGGGCUCUGAGAUUCAUAAAUUUUAUUGUUGGUGCAAAUCAGUUAUUGUUUGAAGGAUUGACACGUGAAUUACCCUUAGUUAGUUUCGAAAAAGGUUUGUGGAUAGUUGGGAUAAUAGAUGAAGUUCGAAUGCCUCUCUCAGAGACUGAAACAUAUGCUACAUUGGUUGAUACAAAGACUCGUGUGCUGGCAAGGCUCCCUUCGGCACCUCAACAGAGAAAUGGGAGGCUUCAGUUGAUGUGCUAUAAGCGUCUAUGGGACAACUUAGUAGCUGAUAAAUUUCCAUCUGGGAAAUUUUUUGACUUCUUUGUUUUGAAUCCUCAUCGUAUUCUCUCCUCAGAUAUCAGGGAGUGUACUGCUAAAUCAGGUUUUCCAGCAGAGACUCUCAAUGAUUUAGUGAACUUUUACUUAAAUAGUUGCCGCCUGCUUCCUCCAGCUAAUACCGAACUGUUACUAAGGUAUGAAUUACAAGAGGACCAAUCUUUGAUUGGAGAAGAUCAAUUUGAGUAUGAUGGCGAUUGGCUGGAUAGUCAACUUACGUCUUGUCUUGAAUUCUGGAGGGGGGAACGAGAUCCCCACUAUGCUCCAGAGGAGGAACGAUGGAAAUGCAGAUUUUGCAAAUUUUCUUCCUUAUGUCCCGUAAAUGCUGAUAAUGGAUCGCUCGCCUCAACUAGCUCAAGCACAGGAGGUUAG